GAUUGUAAACUACACUCCAGAUAUGCCUCGAUCUGAUACAGAUGAAGCCAUCAGAAAAGCAUUUGAAGUCUGGAGCAAUGUGUCACCUCUAACCUUCACAAGAAUGUAUGAGGGUGAAGCAGAUAUCAUGAUCUCUUUUAAUACCAGAGACCAUGAUGAUAAUUCUCCAUUUGAUGGUCCUAGUGGAAUCCUGGCACAUGCUUUUCAACCAGGGCAACACAUUGGUGGAGAUGCUCAUUUUGAUGAAGAAGAAUUUUGGACCAAAGAUGGCCCAAGAGGCCACAACCUAUUUCUUGUUGCUGCUCAUGAGUUUGGCCAUUCAUUGGGUCUGUCUCAUUCCACUGAUGUUGGGGCCUUGAUGUUUCCCAACUACUCCUUCACAGCGCCAAAAUUAUUUCGUCUUCCACAGGAUGAUAUCAAUGGCAUUCAAGCCAUCUAUGGUAAGUCAAACAACCCAAUACAACCAACGGGACCCUCUACACCAGAAGCAUGUUCUGCUAUGACUACUUUUGAUGCUGUUGCCACCAUGCGUGGAGAAUAUUUGUUCUUUAAAGACAGGCACUUUUGGCGUAAGCACCCUCAGCUGUCCAAUGUGGAACUAUAUUUCAUUUCUCUUUUCUGGCCAACUCUGCCUUCCAGUAUCGAUGCUGCUUAUGAGAACUUUGCACAAGACAACGUUUUACUUUUUAAAGGAAACAAAUAUUGGGUUCUAAGUGGAUAUGAUAUAGUUGGCCAGGUUCAAAGCAUUUACAAAUUGGGAUUUCCAAGAAAUGUGAAGAAAAUUGAUGCUGCAUUCAGCGAUCCACAAACUGGGAAGACCUAUUUUUUCAUUGGGAACAAGUAUUGGAGAUACAAUGAAAUGGAACAAAGUAUGGAAAAAGGAUACCCCAGAAAUAUAGCCCGGGAUUUUAAAGGGAUUAAACCCAGAAUUGAUGCUGCUUUGUAUGACAAUGGAUAUAUCUAUUUCUUCCGAGGAACAAAAGUGUUUCAGUUUGACCCUAAGAAUGAAAGAAUUGUUCGUCCCAUUCGAAGAAGCAAUUCUUGGCUGAACUGUUAAAGCAUUUAAUCAAUGCUACCUAUUG